AUGGUUCUCGCACGCCCUCAAAUGAUCCGCGCAUCCCUUCGUGCCGUCGGAGCCACUGCUCGACGACCCGUACAGCAGGCCGGACGCCGGACGUACGCUUCCGCAAAAGAAAACGUCAAGAAAUUCAGCGACUUCCCAUGGAUGCUGGCAUCAGUUGGCCUCGGCGUCCCCGCUGCAUUCUACUUGCUUCAGACCGAACCCUCCAAGACCCCCCCACACGGCCACCACGGCGAAGACAAGUUGACUGAGAAAGAAGUGAAGGAUGUUCCGAUUGAGGAGAAGCUGCAGACUGACGAGAAGCCUUCUGCUGUCGACGAGCCUGCCUCUCGGAAGCCACCUUCAGGACACAACACCAUGUCUAGCAAGCAGGAGGGCGUUGACAAUGCGGACACUGCCAACCCUUACGUUGCGGACCCGGGAAAGAGCGUAAAGGGCGAGGGCGAGACCGACAGUGUCAAGAUGAAGGGAAGCAUUGACCCUGAGCGGCCACAGCGGUGA